UAUCUGUUCAAAAACAACAAACGAUCACAAUCCCUUGUUUAUAUGAUCAAAAAUACGUCAAUUACCCAAAAUACAUGAGUUCUGGAGGCGUUUUCUUCUUCAGUCAUCACGUAGCACACGACAGAAUGUCUGUUGUGGAUAAUAAAACAGAAAAUGUGGUUACGGCGACACUGAGAGAAGCUGAAGUGAGUGACUCCGGCACGUACUGGUGUGCUGUUACCUUACCUGGAUACGAUGCUGCCACACAUCUUUACCUGCAGGUUACAGAAGCGGAAGCAGAGCUCCGUGUUUCCAGUCAGAGUGUGUCGGGUUAUGAGGGUGGUAACGUCACCAUCCGCUGUCACGGCGCUUCACGCUGGUGCAAGAUCAGGGGAUCCUGUGUUGGGAGAGAUGGAGGAUCUCUAGAGAGAACUGCAGUGCAUGAUGAUGGUGAUGAUCUGAGAGUGACGCUGUGGCAGCUGCAGAGAGAGGACAGUGGAUGGUACUACUGCUCUAAUGAGGAUUCACAGAUGCCUGUUCAUGCCUGACCUCAUCUGAUCAAGCUUUCAUUCGUUCUUAUUGUGUGACUUGAUUUCAGGUGGUACCUGUGCAGUGAUGGACAGUAACAAAGUAUUUUUACUUUGUUACUGUACUUAGCUCUUUCCCUGCCAUUAAAGGAAUUUUCCAGCUUUCCUUUUUUUUCAAUGUUAUAUGGUAGGAGGACAUAUUAUACAUUACCUAACGUUACUGUAUGAAAUAACACAAGAAGUGGUUUAAAACUGUGAAGCUUUGAGGGUGUUGAUUGAAGUGAUUGAUCAUCACUCUGAAUCCAUUCGAGAUGUAGUCUUUGAUAAAAAUGCCAUUUUCUCUGCUUUUUGUAUGAA